UGAAUGUACAUAUGCCCAUUUAUAAAAUGACACAUUCUUUAAUCAUUUUAAAAAAUUCUUAAUAAGACCAGAGAAGACACUAAGCACAAAACGACAAAGCAUUCUUAAGAUGUUAGAGUCAGUGUGACAGAAAAUGGCUUGUGUGAGAAUUGCACCUUUUCUUUGAAAUGCAACUUAGGCUUAAGAUCAAGAGACUAUAUGACAUGUUGUCCCUAGGAGAAGACAGGGCCCUAAGCAGCUUGAAACUAAAGCGAAAUUUAGAAUCUCUGGUGGAAGAAUUUAAUAAAUCUGAGGGAGAGGUUUGUGCUGCUGUGAAAGUGACUAAACAGGAUAGUGUGGUGGUAGCCCUUUGCACCCCCUUGAUGAAGAGGGUUCACAUCCAUCUGGAUAACUGUGGAGAGGUGUGUUUCCUUGACACGCCAAGUGCUUCUUUUUCCACAGACUGUCGUCCUUAUUUCUUCAUUAGUCACAGUGUUGCUGGAGGGUUGCCAUUAGGGGUUGCUAUUAUAGAUAAGGUUAAUGAAGACACACUCUUUGAGGCAUUUGAACUUUUGAAAACUAUUUUGCCUGUAAAUGCUUUUGGUGGACGCAAUCUUUUAGGACCCAAAAUUAUCUUAACAAGGAGGUCUCAAAUUGAGCAAAAUUCAUUGGCACGGGCCUUUCCCUUAGUAACAACCAUAGUGUGCUGCCUUCAUCUCAUCCAGUCUGUGUGGCACAGUGUUCUGCUAAAGAGCAUAACCUCCGACAGUCACCGAGCAAGACUGAUGAAGCUUCUGAAGAACAUGGUGCAUGCAAACUCACAGGUUGAGAUGUACCAGAGAAUGACACAAAUGCUAGAAGACUCUGUCGUAUCUAAGUACCCUUCCUUUAAGACGUAUGUGAUAAAUGAGGUGUACGGCCGUCGGGAAGACUGGUUGGACAGAUGGGAAAAGCAUGUGAACCUCCGUAGCACCUACUACAAGCACAUCUUUACUCUGAGUCGGCAAGCGCUUGGUGACAAGAUAAUGCACCGCUGUAGGACUUAUAACAUGCCUCGGUUGUUCCACUUCUUCAUGACGCGGCUUGACAACUACUACAAACAUCGGCUUGAGGGCAUUAUCAGUGGUAAACCAGUAAUGCAGACUUAUAAGUAUAUGCCCAUUGCAACUGUUGUAGAUCAUGAUAAGAAUGUAAAGCUAAACGAAGACUACUACGUCAUCACGACCAAAGGCAGCAUGACAGAGAAGCACAGCCUUGAUCUCUUUGCUAGUGUGUGCUCCUGUAAUGUGGGUCGCUGGGGGGCACCUUGUCAGCAUCAAUCAUCUGUGAUCUGCAAGUACAAUUUAUUCCCCUUCAGCCCUCACUUGAAGUACGACGCGAACUUUAAAAAAUCCAUGAAGUACAUAGCAACAGGACAUGACCUUCUUCCAAAGUACAAGUUACCUUAUCAUCAUCUCACGGACAGUACACAAUUGAUUAGAGUCUGUGAGGAACCUGUCUUUAUUGAUGUAGAGGAGGAGUCUCCACCUGUGGCGUGUGCAUCAGAAGGGGAUGACACUCCUCAGGAUGAAGACCUUGAUGUGUUGAAAGCCAUAGAAGACAUGAAUUUCAACACUACUUGUGAAGAUCCUUUGCAAAUUGGCAACAUGGAAGGAGAUCCAGACUGCCUCAUUGUGGAUGACAUCCUGGCAAGGGAUGAUUGCACCCCACCGACACCACCAGCAAUCCUGGAUAAAAUUCUACUCCCUGAAGACAGUAUAAUGGAUGUUCUGGAACAAAUAGAAGGGAACGAACAGCAGCCAGUCUCUGAAAGCAUGAUUUUAGGCUUUACAACAGGGAAUGACACAAGUGAAUGUACAGAAACAAACUGUGUGUCAUCCCCAGUAUGUGACAAACUCGUAGAUGAAUUACCUCCUUCUAGUGAGAGUGUUGAAGUCCUAGAGCCAAUUGAUGACAUGAAUCUUUUCUUAGAUGUAGCGAACAGUAUGGAUGAAAUUCCAGUGAAGGAAAGGAACACAAUCCCGGAAUCCAUGAGUGAUGUUCUUAAAUGUAGUGAAGAUAUAGAUAUGGUAGCUAUAGAUAAUUUGGAUGAUUCAGUGCAUGUAUCGGAUAACAGAUUUCAGUCCUCGGAACCAGUGUUUGUUGAUGUUGAAAUGGAAGUUUCUAGUGACUCUCUCAAGGCACAUGACCCAAGUUGUAGUGAAGUCAGUGAUAAUGGCACUGAUAUACGUUCAGAACAGGUGACAGGUAUUGCAGAAUCUACAGAUCCCUUAGGAACUUUGCCUACAGUUGAAGAACGACUGUCCUUAGCAAUCAAGGCUGUCAAUGAGGAGAAGAGAAUGAAACGUAGCAAAAAUCCACGCAGAGAUGUGCUCAAGGCCUUCAGAGCAGCUUGUCAGAAGAUCAUAGAAAAGGCAGAAGGGAACAGGGUGCUCCUACUUCCUGCCUUGACCAUCUUUGCCAAGUUCACAGAGAAAAUUGCAACGGAUCUUCAGCUAGCUCUUGCCCUCUACAAAUUUGCGGGAUUCAUCGACGGUACAGAUGUUGGGCAGCAUCCAGCCCAGCAGGAGAACAGUACUUUGGAGGCAGAGGAGCGUCAAUGUCAACUGCUGCUGAGGAUGGAGCAAGAGAGUGCAAUGCGUCCACAGAGGAAACGAAGGAGAUCGCAGGAGGAGCAGCCAGAGCAUCAGCCUAGUAUAUGGAUAGAGUUGCCACAGGUGCAACAAGAAGAA